UUCUUGCUGCUAGUAACAAACACAGUUUCGCUCGAAAUUACUCUAAAUAAAAUUGAACAAAAAGGGUUACACACGUUGGGAUGUAGAUAUCUGUCAAGUUUAUAAAUGAAUGGAACUUGUUUGUACUCGUGUACAUAACAAUGUGACAAGUAAUUAUUUCAAUUGAUGAUUGCCGUUUAAGCAUUAGAAGGACACUAAAGAAGUGCACUACCUUGGAGCGGUUUUUAAAUUAAAAGGCGAUAUAAUCUAAGCAUUUGAAGAUUGUUGAUAAUCAUUAUGUACUGUAGUGAUAAAUUAAAAAAACAAACAAUACAUUUUACCAUUUAAAUUUUAACAGCAACGUUUAUCAACACAUUUUACGGUUGCUAAAACCAGCAUGUCUACAAAUUCGUGGAAGAAGCCGAGAGUGUUAUAUAUGUUAAUCAUUUGUGUUGGAUUAUUCCUUCUUGCAUAUACCGGUUACAGAAGUGAAAUGUUAACACCGCUCCGCCGGACAUAUCUGCAACCGAUCCCUCCCUGGGCAGAGAAUUACAAACAAAUAGUGGACGAAGUUACUAAAUGGAGAAACUUUAGUAUGGAAGUUUUCCGUAAAGCGCCGGCAGACUGUGAAGAUUUUUUGCCUAGUUUUGGUGAAAAUAUAAACGUAGCUCUCAGGUAUAUGAAAAACACAAAUGUAUCAACACAAACACUUCAAAUGUUGCAACUGGAUGACGUGGGAGUAUCAGAGCUGACCAAUCACACGAACUCCUCAGCGUACCCUGUUAUUUUGGCGGGAAUUUCAGAAAACCAUUUUAGAGAGGUUGAGGGACUGAUAAAAAGCGUGCACGAACACCUUUUGAACAAGUCGUAUAGAUUACAUUUCAUUGUUUAUGACCUGGGUCUUUCGAACUCCUCUCUCGAAUUACUUGAGAAAUACUGCAGAUGCGAAAUUCGUAAAUUUCCUUUUGAAAUGUAUCCACUUCAUAUACUGGAUGUACGCCGAUACACGUGGAAACCUAUUCUGAUUCAGAUGGCUCUACAAGAGUUCGACUUUGUGAUGUGGAUGGACUCGUCUAUUCGUCUUACAAAUCACAGUCUAUUCCCUUUAUUUCAAGCGGCCAGUCAUCGAGGUAUCCAAAUCCGAAAAGGAGGCGGGUCAUUAGCAUUCCGGACAAACCGCAACACUUUUAGGAGGUUACAGGAAGACCCAUGUAGGUUUAUUGUUUUCCCGGAAAUGGAAACCGGUUGGGUUCUAGUUAAACGUAAUCCAUUCAUAAUGACCGCUGUGAUGCGACCAUGGGUAACAUGUGCUUUAGAACCGGAAUGCAUGAGCCCUCUUGAUUUUAAAAAUUACAUCCAUUGUCAUCCAGAUCGCCAGUACAUCGGUGCAUGUCAUAGAUUUGACCAAUCAGUGCUAGGGAUUAUCUUGACGCGAAUAUUCAACUACAGGAUUAACUUCGUAUACUUUAUUUCAAAAAGUGAAUUUGGAAGCGUUCAACGAAGAGAUUCACCCUGGUAUUUCCCUCGUCCUACACAAUAUCAUCUCCCGGACUUUAAAAAGCCGAUGAUAUGGGCGAAAAAUACAAUAAAAUCAGUGUCUAUAAAAAGGCAUCGAAUGUAUCGUAAAACAUAGGGACCAGAAUAGCUGUGGAACUUCACUAGCACCAGUCCGCUGUGCAAAAAUGCAUACCAGUCACAAAACGCUACUCACCAGCAUCUCCAAAAGUACCACGUCGUGAACUGAAUCGUGUAAUGAAAUAUUUGCAGGGUCCUUCAUUCAUGGAAAUGAUUUAAAUAAUUAUUCAAACAUGUUUGCUGAGCUAUACCCCCACCUUUUUUUCAAAUCCAACCUGUUGAUUUCUCAGGUUUUCAUUUCGCUAAAAUUUAUUAUUUUUCGAUUUUGACCUGCGUAUUUUCUGAAUUUUAAAGCUGGAUAAAAACACAGAAAUACGGAUGCAGACUUAACCUUGUGCGUACGUGUUACAGGCAAACGAUCGAGUUUUCCACUUGCUGAAUACAGAUUUUCACAAAAUUCUACAUAUAACUUUCUUCUUGUGUGAUAUCCCUGAUCCAUCACUGUACUUAUGCCCGUUUCCCGCCAAAAUUAUUUUCAAUCGAUUCACCGCGCUAUCAUCAUAUUAUGACAGGAUGUGUGCGUGUGACAAUUUAAUUUCAAUUGCAACACGCAAUUUGAUUGGCUAAGCAACAUACCUUAUUUUUCAGUAAAUAACUUGUGACUGUAAAGCCUAUUAACGUCAUCAACACCGGGAGUUUCUGUAUACGGUAACUCCGCCCUCCUGUGACUGAUCAAUAGUCAUGUUCAAAGUAGAAAGACUGUAUCGAUUUCCACUUAACUAUAGUGUAAUUUAAACAAUAACGAAAGAAAA